AUGCUGUACUUCAAAGUAGUCUUGACGUGUGGUCUGCUCCUCGGUUUCUCGAUGAUCACAGAGAGUUUGAACUUCAAAGAUUGUGGUUCCACGGACGUUUCUGUGAUGAGAGUGACGCUUUCUCCAAGCAGUAAAGUACCUUGCGUUAUUGUUAGGGGAAAACAAUCCGAGUCGAAAUUGAACAGGGACAUCGCUACCGAACUCCCCGAAAUCAGGGGUUCAUCUGGGCACGGGCCGCAGGUGCUACAAUUCCCGGAAGGCGGUAUACGUGCUCACAUGAGUCCAUCUUGCCCCAUCAAAGCUAGGAAAUUCUACGCUUACUUUACAGGCCCAGAGUGA